UAGCCUCGUGUGAUGUAUUCGCGUCGAAAGGACACUCGCUGUGUGAGUUUUGUUCCCUGCGUCGUCAUUCUUCGAGUCUUCCUUCAUUCCGAUUCGUCGCAACUCGUUACUUCCGGGUACCGAUGCCGUUGCUUCUUGGCUCGCGAGAUCGAACGAAGUUAAUGUGAAGUCCUAGAAAUAUAGCUCCAGAUUUUUACCUUUUGAAAGAGCCAUGAGAUUAGCGGCAGUGUUGACGUUGAUGUGCUGUCUGGCGAUAGGGUCGCUCGCCUCGCCGGUAGCCAAGAUCACUGACAGCAAAGUGUCGACUCAGAAUCUCGUUGCAACUGGCAGGCAAUCUCCCGCGGCAGCUGCCCCCGCUGCCCCCGCUGCUGACGACGACGACGACGACGACGACGAUGAUGAUGACGACGACGUCGAUCUAGAUAUCACCGGAGAUGACGAUGACGAUGACGAUGACGAUGACGACGAUGACGAUGACGACGAUGACGACGGCGAUUACUUGGAGCGUUUUAUCGAAGAUAUACUUGGAGGAGAAGACGACGAUGACGAUGACGAGGACGAAGCCCCACCGGCUGCAGCUGCCGCACCUGCCGCGGCCGCGGCCGCGGCUUCUUCACCUGUAGCCCCCGUGAAUUCACCACAGGUACCGCUCGCCGUGGCGGCCGAUUUGAGCCAAGAGGCCGCCGAGGAUGCCGCGGCGGCAGCUGAGUCGGCUGGCGACGAUUCCGGUAGCUACGAAGACGAGGGCGAUGCCGAGGGCCAAGCCGCGUCCAACGUUCACGAGUCGACGCUCGAAGCUGCCGAGUCCAUCUCGAAUCAGGUUUCGGUAAACGCAUUGGACGGGCCGGUCGCUCCUGCUGCCCCAGCCUCCAGCGAGGAAGACGACGACGAUGACGACGACGAUGACGACGACGUAGGCCUAGAUAUUACGGAGGAGGACGACGAUGACGAUGAUAGCGAGGAGGACGACGAUGACGACGAUGAUGAGGAUGAUGAAGUGGAUGAGAUCGCCGAUAUUGCCAGCGCUAGACACGCACGUGCAGAACCGAGUGGCUUCGUACCGGCAAUUUACGUAAUAAAAUACAAUCGUUUUGUCGAUCAAAUUCUUGGCAAGAUCAACAAUAUUCUCCGCGCCAAUUACGAACCGGUAACUGUAAAAUUAACGAACUCGAAUUCGAGCAAGUCGAAUAAGAACAAAAACAAGAGUAAGAAGAAGGGUAACAAGAAGAACGGCACCAAGAAGAGCGCCUCAAGGCCAAUCGACACGUCCGCCGUCACUGAAAAAGGCGUCAGCGAAAACGACGUUGAGAAAGUAAUACAAGCUACUGAGCUCGCCAUAACGGAAACGCCAGCAAUAACGGAAAAGGAAAUGAUCUCAUCGCUCGCGCUGGAAUCUUCUACCGAAUCCAACAUGAGGUCCAGACGUACGUCCAACAGCAAUAAUACCAAUAAAAUCAUAAACGAACGAAACAAGAAUCGUAAACGAACGAAAAACAAGACGAAGACUAAAAAAGGAAGUACAGGAAGCAACAACAAGAACAAGAAGAAGUCCACCAAGAGCAGACCGAAAGCGAGAGCCACUCUAUACGGAUUGGCGUCCCUGCAGAGAACGGGCGACGUAUCGGUGAACAUGAUGAGCGAUCACACGACCAUCAAGACCAAGUUCAGCCUGGGACCGCUCGUAUUGAAAGUCGAGAAGGAAUUCGGCCGAGCCGCGAAGAAGGAACUGAGGAGCGCGACCGCCACCACGGCCGAGAUGUCCGGCAAGUUGAGUCUACGCGUGUUGCACGGAGGCGCGGCGACGCUGCAUUCUAUUCGGGUUUUGCAACCUAAACAGGUUCGAGUGGAAAGCCAGGAUGAUCACGAUAGAACGCGGGAAUUUGUAUGGAAGAGAUCGUCGCAUAUCGCACAUUUGGUGUCGCAGAAACUUUCUUCGGCCACCAGGUCGAUGCUUCGACCACCGCCUGCCGCUUAAACUACAUCUAUUCCUUGGUCCAACUGAAAUCGCUAAUAUUCGACAUCGAAGUAUCAAUGAAUGAAUGAUCGAACGUAACACGCGAUACGUACAAUCAUUUUAAUGAUACAUCAUUGAUUAUCGGAUGGUCAUCGAAAUCGCGUUGUUCGACUUUGACGGAUGUACAAUUAAUUAAAUUCGGAUUAAAUAAUGCGCAUUGAUUAUCUCUUUCCUCACUCGCGAAAUAAUGCGAAACAAGAAGCAAUUCAUAGAGAAAUAUGUAAAAAAUGUCCCACUGUUAUUUUCAAAUAAUCGAUUUAUUUGGCCAAUCCAAGAGUCGAUUUUCUCGGCAAAAAACUUGUGAUUCUCGAGCGAUUAAAAUAAAAUUUCUGUUUCUUGCUUUAAGUAAAAAUUCUGUUAACAGAAAGAUAAAUGACAAAUUUAUAUUUUUCAAUCAAUUUCAAGUAGGCUUAUCAACGGAAUCUUAAUUUGAGAUUAAAAGAUUUAUUAAAUAUGUAAAAUUACAAUUAUUGAUUGAGUUUUAACAUUUAAAAAAAUGACUCCACAAAUUGUUCAAAGGAUUUAAAAAUAAAAUAGCGGAAGAGGAACAUCUCCUAUAUAUUAUAAAUUUCAUGUUGGACCAAUUUCAGGCGAUUAUACUUUACUUAUUAUUUAUUUAUUUAUUUGUCACAUAGUUUGUAAUUUGCCUUCAGAAAGUCUGAUAUAUGUACUCUAGGAAUGUGGUUAAAUAUUAAAAUAUGUAGGUGCGCGCAAGCCAUUAUAUGAAUUAAGUUCUGUUUGGACAAGUGUAAACAGAAACCUCUGUCGCCAGAAAAUCUUAGAUUACAGAAUAUAUAUUAUAAUUAC